ACUAUUCAGUCGCGCGCUCACGAUCACAGAUACGAUCUUGAGCGUUCCGUUUCCAGGCAAUGCCGAUGAGCAGCGGCUUUCGUACAGAGCUCCGUGACCUGACCGCGCCUGGUCUGGCGGACCAGUCAGCUAGUAGCACCUCGCUACAUACCGGUAUCAGUUGGCCAGAUCUUCCCUGAUGACGCAGCGCAGCGAUAAGAUUAAUUUAUGCCUAAUAAUGUUACACGUCACUUGAAAAGGUGAAGCAGAGGCUGAGGCUAAUUGAUUUACGAUACUGGUGUAUUAUUUUUGAAAAUGUGAUAUGACAUCGUUAUGACAUGGAGUCUGAAACUUUGGAAGAAGAGAUGGAAGACACCAACUUUGAUGAAGAAGGCUUGAGUGGGGCCACAAUGGACCGAUUGCAUGCUUCUGUGCCUUCAAAUGACAGUCUUCUGAGCUGUGAGAGUCAAAUAAGGAACUCCUCUCUCUUUCACCUAAUUCAAGAUGGAUUCCAGCUGAAAAAUAGCUAUGAGCAUAGCAAGAAACUUACAGAAUUGGUUGAUGUAACAUACAACCCGAGAACGAAGCAGUUUAUUUUUCUGGACACAAGAGGCAUUACCACAUGGUAUAAAGAUGGAAUAGGACAUACAGUCAGUCGAAGUAUGACAUUUCCCAAGUACCAAAACAAACUUCUCAGGAACAUCAUCUAUGCCAGGAAAUACAAUGUGUAUUUCUGUCUUGCCAAAGACUUCUCCUUAAAGGUGCUAAAUAAGGAUUUUGAGGAGACAUGCAACAUUGAUUCUGACCUGAGCUCUGUGAUGUUCCUACUCUUUAACCCUGUGAGAGAUGAGCUUAUUACAGGAGGAGUCAAAGGCACAAAGGUUUGGGAGUUCAGACAAGUUGCUGAUGAAGUUUGGAGAGAAAUAAAGCCGAUGGCAAACUACAAGCUCUUCUUAACGAAGGAGUUGGAAUCUGUGAAAGGUAGCUGGAUCAAAAAGGUCGAGCUGAAUGAACAAUUCCAGCACAUAUACUGCUGCUCUGACACAUCUGUUCAGUGCUAUGACAUGGAUGGAAAACUUCUUUUUGAGAUUGAAAGAGCUCAUGAUGCUCAAAUAAAUGCUUGCAAAUACUCACCUCAGGCCCGGCUUCUUAUUACCUGCUCAAAUGAUCAUGAAGUUAAGGUGUGGACAUUGAAUGGAGGACUGAUUAAUGUGUUUCGAAGCCAUACCAAGCCAGUAACCGAUGUAGUUCUUCACCCACAUACCUCAAUGAUGGUACUCACUUCUUCUCUUGAUGGAACUAUCAAGAUCUGGUCUCUAGACAUCAUGGAACUCCUCUACAGUAUGGUGGCAUCCACAGAAGGGAUACAUUGGAUGGGCUUGACGGGAGAGGGUCAAUUAUGGACAGCAACCUUACAUGACCUCAGCCUAUGGUCAAUCAACGAAGUGGUCAAUUUCUACGCCUUGGCGAGAUGCCGUACAACAUCUCUUCAAGUAGCUCAGCUUGAACACAAGACUAGCAGGGUAGUUGCAGUUGGUGAAGAUAGCAGUGUUCGACUGGUGUCUAUGAAGGAUCAGAAGAAUCUCUCCACUGUCCUACCGCCUCCAUCGGUUUCCCCGCUCACCCAAGUUCUUUCUGUGACCUAUAAUCGUCAAUACAGUCUUGUCUACCUCCUGGUAAACCCCACAGAGAUAUGGGUCUACACUAUGAAAACAGACCCUGCAUGUCGAACUGCUGUUUGGGAUGUAAUGAAGAUCCAAGAUCGGAACAAAACCCGAGCCCAGUCUGCGCGAGUGCACCCUUCUACCCCACUUCCAGUUGACAAGAAAAUGGCACCAACUCAACGGGCAUCCAGUGCUCACUUCAAGGGGUUCCGCAUCCGCUCUGCCAGUGCAGAAGGUCCACCAGGUGUCGAGAUGGCAGCUCCUUGCUGCUCUCUUCUUGCUCUACAUUCUCACAUUCAAUACUGGGGAGAUCAUGGAUUUGUUUGUCCACGUAAGACCAGUCUUCUUCUCCUUGGCCUUGAGGAUGGGAGAAUUCUCUUCAUGGAUCCAGUCAUAUUUGGGAUCAAGAUUUGUGAACUCCAGGCUUGCAAAGAUGCAAUUCUUGAAAUGCAACGGGAUUACUACCAUGAUACUGUUGUCAUUAGGAGUCACCUUAGAGAAGAAGACCUGUUCCAGUUUUGGUCAUUACCAGAGCUCCAGCUCAUGCAUGAAGCAUUGGUUACACCUGACAUCACAGGACAUGCAAGAUUGGGUAAGAAGUUAUUCACUGGACAUUCUGAUGGAGCUGUCCAGAGUCAUGAGCUCCAGUCAGUGUCAGAUGACCCCCAUGCAGGUCUAAGACAUACAGGACUAUCCUUGACUAUGAUUGGUUCUGACAACAAUCCAGGACUCAAGGAACACACUGGACCUGUUGUAGGCAUGGAUGCGUGUCCAGAUAGAGGGAUUUUUGUCUCUUGCAGUGCUGAUGCCAUCAUCAAGGUAUGGAGCUGUAAUAAAACACUCUUAACAGAGAUCUCACUGAGCCAGACCCUAUCUACUGCAAAGUUUCUCAAUGCCAAAGGAGAUCUUCUCAUUGGAUAUCUGAACCACCUCUUUAUCAUUGAUCAUACCAAAGUGUUACCAUCUGCAGACCAGUCUAUCGAACAUUCAGAGGAUACCUUUGAAACUGAAUCUGAAAUCUAUGAAGAUCCAGCUGUCAAGUUCGAAGGAGCUGCUGCCAACCCCGAUCCACUAGAUCUUGACAAUUAUUUGGUUCCUUUUAAUUUAGAUCUAACCCAGCGUUUCUUAGCUGGAGAAGCAUCCCCCUCUGGCUCAGUUGAAACUUCAGAUGUGGAGAAUGAAGAUGACACAGAGAGCCAGUUUUCCCAUGCAGCUACUGAAGUCUACCAAUCACCUACGGCAACACCUCGUCGUCUUUCUGUUGUUGAUAUGCUGGUCGCCAGUGAUGCUAUUAAUACACAGGCAAUUCAAGAAAAUAAAGAAGUUUAUUCCCUGAGACGCAAACAAUCUUCAAGAAGGCAUUCAUUUCAUGGCAGGAGAGAUGGCACCAGUGGAUCCUUUGAGUUUCCAAGCUUUGGACAUUCUCCAGGCCCCUCCCCCACGCCUACCCCACCCUCUACCCCAAGUGAUGUAUCAGUUUCUGAUAUAUCUAGUGAAUCUGAAGAGGAAGAGAAGGAGGAGACUGACAAUGUAGAAGAACAAGAACCUCUCUUCCCAACUGAACGGAUUUCUAUCAUUGAGAGGAAGCCACCAUCUCAACCAUCUGAUCCUGCUCCUGUGAAGAAUAAUAAGAUAGAAGAACCAAGGUAUGGAUUAUCUACCAUGAAGAUUGAUUCCAAAGCCCUUCUAAGCAUGAGGAAAUCACCAAGCUCAGCCACCAUAAAGAAACCAAGUGCCCCAUCUCAGGUAUCUGUAGAUGUUCAAGGUAGUGAGAAGAGUCGGCCAUCAACAGGUAAAUCACCCAUUAAGAAGAAAGAACAGAAGAAAAACAGGACCCGUGUUGGUCAUAAGUCUAGUGAAGAAGGAACUGGAACAGGAGGAAUAGGAUCCUCGACUCAAAAAGCGGAGUUAGGAGCUUCUGCACAGUUAUCGACCAAGCAGAUUGAGAGAACGGCAGAAGACAAGAUUCUGCAAACUAAGAAUACCUCCAAAGGACCUGCUGUUGGAAUGUCUACCAUUGAGUUGGAUGGACCUGUGGGAAAAGAUAGAGGUGGUGCCCCUGAUGCUUCAGCCAGAGGCAAGAAACCUGUGGUUCCACAGAAGAAGAAGAAGAAACAGCCUAUAUUAUUAUCAAGAGCAGGUAGAGGAGGUACUGAUAGCAAAAGACAAUCAAGCAGCGAAAAGGACCAGGCAGAUUCAAAGACCACUGAAGAUACUCCCAAUGAAGCACAUGAAGAAACAGAAACUGAAGAGGGCUCAUCAUUAGUAGCUACUAGUUCUGCUGGAGGACUUGUCUUCACAGAGGAAGAAAGCAAUGAGAAAAAGUUCAACACUUGCAAAAAUGGCCAUCAGUUCAGAUCAGAUGUCUGUACUCAUUGUGGUGCCAUGGCAAUGUUCAAAGCAGCAAAUAAGCUUCAGAUCAGUCAGAAGUAUGGUCCUGAACAAGCCAAGAUUUCUGUAGUACCCCAGGCAGAUGACACAGAGAAUAAUGAGCUUCAAAGAAAUGAGCAGAGAAGUCCGUUGGCUGUUACCUAUGAGAUGCAUGACAAAGACCAUGUAGGCUCUUCUCAACACGGUGAUGGACAAGAUGCCGGAGUCCCCAUGGAAGAUCAAUGUGAAGCAAAAGCAGAAGAAGCACAUCAUAGGAUUGAUGAGGAAGAUGUAGGGAGUGAAGUUGGAGAUGAAAGUGGGAAAGAAACCCUUGGAAGGAAAUCCAUCAAUUCUGGAAGGAGCAUGAGUGCUAAGGAAGGGCGUGUCAGGUUUAAUAUUCCAUCACAGCGGGCCCAGUCGGCUGCACCAAGGCUAGCAGGAGAGGGUGUUAGAGCAGGUCUGCUUCAUCCUUCAGGAUUAGAUAAUGAUGCCUUUUCGAUGCUUUCUUCUAUUGACAGAACAAACUCAGAAGAUGAGCUUGCAGAUAUUCCUGAAUCAAGACAGAGUGUGUUCGAUGACAAUGACUUCAAUGACAGCCCCACCCCUCCAAAUACAAACUUUUCUGUCUCAAUAAUAUCAAAGGCAAGUACAAGGCAAUCAAGCCUUCCAGAAUCUCGUAUGUGCUCUGGUCUUUCGAGGUUUGAGAUGGAUUCUCCUUUCUCUCCCAUGAGGUUACCCUUCUCCCCAUUGGCUGCCACUUCACCUCUUAGUGACAGAUUCCUGGAUGAGGAAGAACAAGGACUGCUUGCUAUGGAGCAUGGUAAUGUGGUAGAUGAUGUAGAUAGUAUCACUGAUGUGGCUCCUGUCAACUACAACAGAGCUAUCCCUUUCAGUGCACCACCUGAAGGGCGCAGGGCAAGACCAAAUACAGCAGAACGAAUGAGAGAAGAGCAAAGACCUCAGACAGCUGGAGCUGACCCCCAUGUGACCUUUCAAAAUGAGGAUUUCGGAAGCAUGACAGAAGAGCAGUUUAAAAAACACUUGGACGUUGUCAGCACCCCCACUGAUCUCAGUGGCUAUUUGAAAAAUGAUGGUCUUCAACUGGAUAAGAAUUGGACAGACAGAAUGAUCCAGCGACAUCAAUUCUUAAAGAUGCAAAAAGAUCAAAGAGCAAAGAGCGCUGCUGAUAGACGUCAGCUCCUGGAGCUUAGACAACGUCAGAGACGAAAGGCACUUCUAGGUCACCGUCAUUGUUCUUCCAAUCUCUCUCCAAACCAUCAAAGUGAAAAUCUUUUACAAUCUGAUACAAGUGUGAGUUCAAAGAGGAGCAUGAGGGCAAAGAGUGCACCAGCAAAUCCAGCAAGGCGCCUAUCAUCUCAAUCACGUGACACACAUUCAGCACUUGAUCAACGGAAGCAGGCAUCUUUCAGCAGAAAUACGACUCAGCAGCUAUCGGGUGGAAGACUAGGGUCUGCAUCCACCCAACAUCAGCAAGCGUUUGAUUCCUAUAGCUGCUGCACUGAUCAAAGGAUAAACCAUACAAGAAUCGACAGGACAUUAUCGGGCAGUCCCACUGGACUUGAUAGGGCAGGAUGGAAUCAGAGAUCGUCGAGCCCUGGUGGUCGUCAAAGCUCUUUGGGUAAAGGGGAACAACACUCUCUCUUUUACAAUUGUCACCAAGAACGUAGCCAAAUUACCUGCGAGCAGAAUGAUCAAAAGCAUGAGCAAAGCAAAACAAGAUCAGACCUUGCUGCUGAAAAACCAUACAGGUUUCGCUUCAACAGUUCUAAGUCAAAGUCAACCAAAAGCAGAGAUGAGGUUCCUGAUGAUGUAGUUACUCGUGAUUCCUCCAGUAACCAUCUUGUAGUUAAAAAGAAACAAUCUGCAAAAUCCAUCCCAAGCAAACCAAGGCGAUAUGUGCUGGUCCACCAACCGGGCACCGAACUGGGAGUAUUAGUACCCUCAACCCUUGAAGAACAGCUACUAGCCAAGCGGUUUCCAAAGAUGCACAAGCGAUGGCAGCGGGUUGCUCCUCCCCCUGAAGAUGAAAUAAAUGGGUCUCCUCCUCCACCACAACGAAAGAAUUCUUUGAAUCCAUCCUAUGUCAAUCCGUUGCCAUCCAAUCCUGGCUCAAGCCCAACAAUGAUGUGAAAGCUACUGGAUGUUUGUUUGUGUGUGUCCUUGUUUCUGAAGCAGCUGAAAUACAGUGCCUCUUCUGAUGAUAUAACAAUAGACUUCAAUCGGAUUCUCCAUGAUUGUGAUUGUAUUGCAAAGAGUACAUUCUUUAGCUUUUAGAAUAUGAGAAAGCCACUAAGUUGCUAUAAGUUGCACACUUUUCGAUCUCAGUGAAGCUUCCAGCAGCCGUAAAAAAACUAUUGUAUCUAAUUUGACUUUUCAAAUUCAAGUUUGGAUAGAAUGAAGUUAGAAUCACUCUUUCAGAUAAGCUAAUUUCAUAAUUUUUGUUUUAAUUUAUGAAGACCAAAUAGCUCUAUUUAUAAGGAACCUUCCUUGGUGACUUUUUGUUGGUUUUCGGGUUCUUUUCUAAAUCAUCCCUUUAUAUUCCUUUGUGUUUGUAUUCCUUGAAACUUAAAGACUGUAUCGGUUAAAAGACAAGUCCAGCCCUACAAAAACUUGGUUUGAAUAAAAAGAGAAAAAUUCAACAAGCAUAACACUGAAAAU